AUGAGUGAAUUCUGGCACAAACUGGGAUGCUGUGUGGUAGAGAAACCCCAGCCGCAGAAGAAGAAGAGGAGACGGAUCGACCGGACCAUGAUUGGGGAACCGAUGAAUUUUGUCCACCUGACGCACAUCGGCUCCGGGGAGAUGGGGGCCGGAGAUGGACUUGCCAUGACAGGUGCUGUUCAGGAGCAGAUGAGGUCCAAGGGAAACCGAGACAGGCCAUGGAGCAGUUCUAGGGGCUUGUAG